UACAAGUACAUUUGUGACUAGUAACAUGCAUGUACUUUAAUGAGAAAGAAAUAGUAGUCUUUAGUCCAAUUCAAAAUUAAAAAGAUACUUGAUGAAGAAAGUAGUUAUAAUGUAAAUAAAUAUUGGGUCACUGGUAUCUGGUAGUUUUGCUUAAUUUGUUCUGUACUCAUUAAUUUGCAACUACAGUAGUAAGGAUUAUGUGUGCUUUACCAGUUUGAGGCUGUAACUAAUGCAUCUUUCCAUCUUGACGUUUGUUAGCCAGUUCAGUGUUGUAUUCCAUGCUCCUAUGGGAUUACAACAUGCUGUCAGCCUAUCCAGAAGGUGUGGUCCCUUGUUGUCCCAUCAGUGAGUACCCACAACAAUGCGAAAAGAAGGCUUGGUUCAUCUUUAACAGGUACCCGCGCACCUUUUAUUAGCUGCUUUUAUUAUGGAGGAGCAGCACUCUGAAACAUUUGAAAAGCUAAACAAGUGAUGGGGCAGAGACACAAUAUCCUGGUAAUGAAACUGUUGAAGCUCUUGAAGCUGUUAUUUUAAGGCAAGAAAAUUACAUAAUAGUGCUUUAAUUGUUAAAAUAAUAUAAGUGUUCCAACUGUGAUGGAUGUAUAUAAAGUCCUGGAUCAUUUCACAACAAAUUUUCUUUGCAAUAAUGUGGAACUACUUAUAAACAGUAGAGAAUUCCAUUUCUAGCCUAAUUCUUUUUGAUUAGCACCAUUUUAAAAACAGUUACAAAAAGAUGCAUUAAAAGGCAGUCAAAACAAAGAAUAUCUGCUUUGUGAAAAGUUAAACACAAGAGAUGUCACUGGGUCAGUUACAGUUACAUCGUGUUCUGGACUCCUUUUAGAGACAGAUAAUGUCUGUUAGCUUUGAUAGGAUUAUGAGUGCAGUACACACAGAAGAAACAGUCCCCUAGGGGGCACAAGCUGCUAGUGCUAAUAGUCCGUUCUGUGCACAAGUCAUAUUGACAGUAUCAGUAUCUUUCUCUCCUCUUAUCCCUUCCUGUUUGGUUUCCUUGCUUUAUGUUGGUAUGCUCCGAGUUUCUACAAAUGGAUGAGGAGCAGAUGUUUUAUUUUUUUGUCUUUGGUAGCAUUUGAAAGCGAAAUCAAGUCAAAUUUGAAGUCUAUUGUCUGAAAUGUUUGAGAGGCAUAGAUAAAAGACUUAAUCAAAGACUGGACCAUGACUGUUUUCACAGAUAUGUGCCACACUCACCUGGAGCACUGCACUUUUAACCUAAGCUUAAAUGGUUUUAGACAGAACACUGUGAGCCUGAGACAGUUUGAGCAGGGAUUAGCCACCUGUGCUACUGGCCUGCACUGCAUCUCCUUAAAGGGUCAUUUCACCAGUUCUUCUAAUCGCUGAAUUCUUUCAACUCUGCCUUGUGUCCAGAAGGCAUAUGGAAAUAGCUGGUUCCUGCAGGUGGAUGAAUGUUUACGGAAGACCACAUAGAAGUCAUCUUCCAUUUCCACUUAUCUACACCCAUGCUUUCAAAUCUGCAGCCACUUCAGUCACUACAGAAUGUGAAGUUCCUGAUGAUAACCAGACGUGGAAAACGUUCUUAUUCAACUGGGCAGUUUUCCUUUGAUACGUCUCUGGUUGAAGACAGGCUCCAUUCUGACCAUAGAUUCUGCACAGUGUGAUGUAGUUUUGAACAAAAUCCCGCCAGACCUGAAGUCCAUAAACCUGAUUUCUUUUUUGGAUCAGGCAGAAGAUGGAAAUGUCCAAUGUUAAAAUAAUAUUUUUUUUCUGUCUGUGUGUCCGCAUUUAAAGUGACAUGACAGCAGACCUUGCUUAAUGCCGAUUGAGAAAAGAACAGGUUCUGUGUACUCAAAGUGGAAGCACUUGAUUGCAUUCCCACCUUCUUUUAUAUAAUUCCCACUACUCUGCUGGGACUACUUUCCAUCCACUGCCUCUUGCUUGAAAGCUUGAGAGGGGACAUAAGAGGAUGGAGCAAGACCACGUAGAGACCACGAAGCAGACCAUGUGGGAGAUAGGAUGAGAAUGCUCUGCACAUCUUAACCUUUACUCCCUCCUCAGGCCAAGCUAAUCCUCCCAAGGUUAAAGGAGCAGGCGGCUCAAAGAUCAAACAUCUAGAUUGGAAAAGACCAAACAUUUAAAACAGGUCAUACCUAUUUUUCCAUUAGUUUGUACAAAGCUGCUGUUGUACAGUUUUUUUUUUGUUUUUUUUUUUUUAAUGAUUGCAUUCAUUUGUGAUGGGCCCUCAAUGAAAGUUACACGGCUCAGCAGACAUCCAGUGUAGAGCACAUGGGGAAACCCAAAGAGUGACGUGUGAGCUAUCAGCUUACCCCUCUCUCUCCCUGCCCUCCCUGACCCAGUUCUAGAUGAAACCUGUGGUCUCUCUUCAUUCACUCAGGAGGCUUAAGUGUUUUACUGACACUACGAUCCAUUUAAAGCAAAACUGACAUUUGUCAUUUAUUACAGGUGUCUUUAUUUUGGCAAGAUGACUCUUUCUCUAAACAAUUUAGUUUAGUUUAUAUUUUGAUGAAAUAUUUAUAAUAGUGCUUGUAUUUUCUUUUCUAUUUUCUUUCCUUCAUUCUUGUAAUUGCUCAUAAUUGGUCAUUUUCUUUCCCUUUUGGGACAGAUUCAACCCCUUGUUGCUUUGUGUGGUAUUCUUCACGGCCUUUUGUACGCCAAUAUAGUCUCAUGCUCUCUGAAGGCAAGCAAAGCCCUUGAUCUUGUGUUGGCCGGUGACAGCUUGAGACCAUUUGAGAAAGGAUCAGCUAAUAUUAUCCAAGGUUUAUCUUACUAAAUUAGUCUACAUCACCAUAGCUGUAGCUUAGGGUUACUGCCAAAAGCAUCAAAGGAAGGAAAAGGCCAGUUCAUUUCAUUACACAUAUACAAAUGAAGACCGCCUUUCUGUAUGGUGCAUUGCACAGAAUAUAUUUAUGCCAUCCAAUACCAGAAUUGUAAUAAGAUGAGAGCACAGCUUGACAUAGAAACCUAAUGUCUGUUUUAGCUCAGUCAGAAAUACACUAGUUUUUUUUAAUGUGUGUUAGAAAUAAGGUGUAUCACAGGCUCCUGGUUUAACCUCAGUGCUGUUACCCGAUUGAGGUCAUAGUCUUCAGGCUUUUCAUAAACCGAGCUCUGGCGUCACAUUGGUCUGAUCCUCCUGAGUCCCUCAGGUGACUCUCGAUUUCAAUAACCGACACUACACUGUUACCUGCAGUUUUAAAGAUGUGUACUGUAUGAAUAGGGACAAUUAUUGGUUAUCCUUGGUAUGUACACUUCUGACACACUACUUUACAGAGACAUUUUAGCAACAAACUGAAACAUAAAAGCAUUAUUUGUCAAUAUCAAAAACAUGCAGCAGAGAUCCCCACAUAUUAGGUACGUAGAUGGAGCUAUUUUGGAUAAAGCACAUAUCUAUUAAACAACUCAGUUCAGUGAUGUGUAAAUUUACAUUUUAGAUUACAUUAUAAAUACGACAUGGCUAAUUAAAACAUUUUGCAAAUUCCUACAAAAAUAUAUUAUGUAUGCAUCUUAAUGAGUAUUUAUUCAUAGUUCACCUCAUAGUAAUUGUCUUUACAUUGCAUGUACAUUUUUGUUGGAACAAGAUAUAGUGAUGAUAGUGAUGUAAUAAUGUUAGUUGAAAUACUCAGACAGAAUAGCAUUAAGCUCUCUGAAGAAUGUGCUCUGUUGAAGCUAGGAGGAGGAAAGAGAAGAAGAUGUAGGUGGAAAUGUUGACGCCGUCCACAUACAUGGUUUAUUAUAGUGACUGCAUCAGUGAAAAUCGUCUUCAGUGUCCUGAUCCAACCCAACCAAAUACAACUUUGUUACCCAAGAAUGGUUUUUGAGUGGACUCUCUGAAAACAACUAUGACAGUUUUUUAAAGAUCCCAUCGGACCACUACUGUACUGGAGCCUACUGAACACUAUUCGCAGAUAUAGAGGGCUACAAAGCCUCUUACGACAGAGCCCGCUUACGAUUCCCUUUCUGUGCACAGCAUCCUUGAAUAGACCACACAAAGAUCCUUAAGCCAAAAUCCCUCCCUGGUCUUUAAUUCUAAAUGAGUAAUUACUGGGUGUGUCAGUGUGUCUUAGGUUUGCAGGUAGGCUGGGUGAAGGAGCUCAUUUGCGCGUUGGCUUUAGAGCGAAUUGCACACUCAUAUAGACACAUCCUGAAAGGCGCUGCAUCCCUGAGGAGCAACUGAAGAGCCCAGUCACGUAGGGGGGACAGACCACAUACAACCGCCAAGAUGUGUGACAUGGGGGGACUGGAUAACCUGGUGGCCAACACGGCCUACCUAAAAGCGCAGGGUGGUGAUGACAAGGAGAUGAAAAAGCGCCGUCGAAGCUUGUCUCUCCCCAAGCCCGAGCAAUGCGCUGCAGCACGAAGUACCAUUGAGAAGGACUUUACAAUGCUUUGUGAAAGGCAGCCUAUUGGCAAAAAAUUUUUCCGCGACUUCCUGGCAACGAACAACGAUUAUAAGCUUGCUGCUGAAUUCCUGGAUGAGCUGUAUGACUGGGAUCUAGCUGAAGGUGCACCAAAAGACAAGGCACGCCAGAAUAUCAUGAACAAGUAUUGCAAGGCCGACUCCAAGAGCUUCCUGUCCUUUCUCACUGGAGAGGCCGCUGAGAAAUGCAAAAGUGUGACAGAUGCGACCUUUGGUGAGGUGAUGAAAGGCAAAGUCCAGGAAGGUGUAAGAGAAUAUCUAAAAGACAAACCCUUCACAGAUUACCAGGCCAGCCCAUUCUUUGAUAAAUUCCUCCAGUGGAAAGAGUAUGAGAAGCAGCCCAUCAGUGACAAAUACUUCUAUGAGUUCAGAACUCUGGGAAAAGGAGGCUUCGGAGAGGUAUGCGCUGUUCAGGUGAAGAACACAGGCCAGAUGUACGCCUGCAAGAAGCUGUGUAAAAAGCGACUGAAGAAGAAGGGUGGUGAGAAGAUGGCCCUGUUGGAGAAGAAGAUCUUGGAGAAAGUUAACAGUCUGUUCCUGGUCAACUUGGCCUACGCUUAUGACACCAAGACCCAUCUGUGCCUUGUCAUGACCCUGAUGAAUGGAGGAGACCUCAAGUACCACAUUUACAACAUAGGCUAUGACGGCAAGGGAAACGACAAGGGCAUUGAGAUGAAGCGCAUCGUCCACUACACAGCGCAGAUCACCACCGGAAUUCUGCAUCUGCAUGACAUGAAUAUCGUAUACCGUGACAUGAAGCCAGAGAACGUGUUGCUGGAUAGCCAAGGCCAGUGCCGACUUUCAGAUUUGGGUCUGGCCAUAGAGAUUGCACCAGACAAGACCGUCACCCAGAUGGCUGGUACUGGAGCAUACAUGGCCCCUGAGCUCCUCAACAAAACUCCAUACAGGACGUCGGUGGACUGGUGGGCCCUGGGCUGCAGUAUCUACGAGAUGGUGGCCGGAUACACACCUUUUAAAGGCCCCGACAGCAAGAAGGAGAAGGUGGAGAAGGAGGAGGUACAGCGCCGUAUUCUCAAUGAGGAGCCCAAGUGGGAGCACAAGUGCUUCGAUGCUCCCACCAAAGACAUCAUCCAGCAGUUCCUCAAGAAAAAAAUAGAGGAGCGCCUGGGCAUGAAGAACAACUUGGAGGAUCCCAGGAAACAUGAGUGGUUCAAGUCCAUCAACUUCCCCCGUCUGGAGGCCGGGCUGGUGGACCCUCCUUGGGUGCCCAAGCCCAAUGUUGUCUACGCCAAGGACACCGGCGACAUCGCCGAGUUCUCCGAGAUCAAGGGCAUCGAGUUUGAUGCCAAGGACGACAAAUUCUUCAAGGAGUUUAGCACUGGCGCCGUGGCUAUCCCGUGGCAGCAGGAGAUGGUCGAAACUGGACUGUUUGACGAGCUCAAUGAUCCCAACAGGAAAGAGGGUGGAGGAGAUCCCGAUGGUGACAAGAAGUCAGGCACAUGUAUAUUGCUGUGA